AUGGCGACAGAAACAAAAGUGAGACAAUGUUUAAAAAAAUUUGGCUUCGAAAAAUUCCGAUCUGAUAUUCAAGAAAAAGCCAUUUUAUCAAUUAUUAGUGGAAAUAGUGACGUAUUCAUAUCAUUUCCGACUGGUGCCGGAAAAUCAUUGUGUUAUCAAUUUCCUGCUGUAUACAAAGAAGAUGGUCUUUCCCUGGUUAUAUCUCCAUUACUUGCACUUAUACAAGAUCAAGUAAAAUCUUUAAAUGAUAAACAAAUCGUAGCACGUACACUUAAUUCAACAUUGAGUCAGCAAGAAAAAAAAAUUGUACUUGGAGAUCUUAUGCAACGACAACCAACAACUCGACUAUUGUAUAUAACACCAGAACUUGCUGCUACUCAAAGUUUUUUAUCAAUUAUAAAAAAAGUUCAUCAACGUAAAUUGAUUAAUUAUCUCAUUAUUGAUGAAGCUCAUUGUGUUAGUCAAUGGGGUCAUGAUUAUAGACCAGAUUAUUUAAAAUUAGGUACAUUACAUGAUGAAUUAAAUAAUGUCCCAUGUAUUGCUGUAACAGCAACAGCAUCUCAACAAGUGACUACUGAUAUUUAUAGUUCAUUACAUUUACGACAGCCUGUACUCGAAUUUAAAUCAUCUGUAUUUCGUCCAAAUCUCUUUUAUGAUGUACAAUUCAAAGAAUUACUUGAUGAUCCUUUUAUAAAUUUAUGUGAAUUUAUAGAUGAAGCAAAACGAAUUAUUACUGAUACACAAUCCAUAAGUGGAAUAAUUUAUUGUCGUACACGAGAUUCAUGUUCAGAUUUAGCUAAUAAAUUAACACAAACAGGUAAAUAUGGUUCUGUUAAAGCAUAUCAUGCUGGUUUAACAAAUGACAAACGAAUGCAAAUUCAAAAUGAUUGGAUGAAUGGUUUAAUAAGUAUCAUAUGUGCUACGAUUAGUUUUGGUAUGGGUAUUGAUAAAGGUGAUGUUCGAUUUGUUGUUCAUUGGGAUUUAGCUAAAUCCAUAUCUGGUUAUUAUCAAGAAUCUGGUCGAGCUGGACGUGAUGGAAAACGUUCACAUUGUCGAAUGUAUUAUUCUGCACGUGAACGUGAUACACAAUUAUUUCUUAUUAAUCAAGAAAUAAAUGAUAAAAAAAUUGCUGAUGAACAAAAAACAUCUAUGCUUAAUGGUUUCAAUUCUCUUGUUCAAUAUUGUGAAGAAGCAAAAUGUCGACAUUUGGUUAUUUGUAAUUAUUUUGGUGAUAUGUCAAUGAAACCAUGUGAAACCAUGUGUGAUGUAUGUACACAACGUGAACUUGUUUCGGUUAAUUUACAAAGUUUAAAAAAAAAGAAAUUUGAUGAAACAAUUAAUCGACGUUCAGCAAAUCGUAUUAUGUAUCGUAAUGAAGGCAGUGAAGAACAGUAUGAAGGUGGUCGAUUAGCAAAUCGACGUGAAGAACGUGAAUAUGGUGAUACUGAUGAUGGUUGUCAUCGACAUGAUAAUGAUACUGAAACAGCAAAAUUAGCAACAAAACUCGUUUUUAAUGAACUUAAACGACGUGCAGCGGCAAUGGAAAUUAAACCAAAAGCUUGGACAGUAGCAAGUACCAAUUGUCCAUUAAUUGAUCCAAUUAGUCGAAAAAUUCCUAAUGUUACUGUUCAACUUCGUGAACAUGUUUGUCGUAAAUUAAAAGAAGCAUUAGUUGAAAAUAUUGAAAAACAUUUUGCUAAUGAUGAAACUCAACGAAAUACACAUGAAGCAACAUGUCUUGAUAAAGCUAUUUGGCUCGAACAUCAAGUAUUUUUAGCAACAAAAAGUGAACCAAUGUAUAAAAUGAAAUAUAUGUCUAAAUGUAAUGAAAUUACAAAAGCAACAAAAAAUAAUGCCAAUUUGUAUAUAAUUGAUUCCAUGCCAACAAAUUCUGUUAAAGAAUCAUCAUGUUCACCAACAUCUUCCAAACGUAAACUUUCCGAAACUGAAAUAAAUUCUAUUUCAAAUGAACCCGAAACAAAAAUUCUUAAACAAAAUGGACAUACAGAUGAUGAACAAGAACAACAAGAUAAAUCUACUCAACCAUCAUUAUCACCAAUAAAUACAGAAAAUAAAUCACCUAAUCGAAAACGAUCAUUAUCAUCAUCAUCAUCUUCGUCAUCUUCAUCGUCAUCAUCAAGUUCAUCAACUAAUUCAUCAUCAUCAUCAUCAACUUCAACAUCUUCAUCAUCCAGUAAAGCAUCAUUACCGAAAAUAAAAAUUAAUAAUAAUAAUAAAUCACCUAAAACUCCAAUAUUAAAACGACCAAAUGGUGAAAAAUCAAAAGAAAAGAAAAAACCUAAAUUAAUUCAUCAAUCAUUAUCAACAAAAUCUAAAUCUCAAUCAACAACAAUUCAUCGACAUCGUCGUAAUUCUUUACCUAUUCAAUCAAAUUCGUCUGAUGUUAAAGCUAAACAAGCUCGUGGUACAUUAAAAACUUGUCUGGAAUCAAUGUCAAAUUUUUUGCAUCAAAAAUUAAAUGAACAAUCAUCGACGCAUUUAACAAUUCAAUCACCUAAUGAAGAACCAAUACCACCACAAGGUUCAUCAUCACCAUCAUUUCUUAAUGAUCAAGAACAACAAAUUCUUAAUACGAAUCGUCAACGUCAAACAAGUUUAGAUGAACGUAUUCGUUCAUUAUUUAAUCAUACUUCUGAUGAUGAUAAAACAACAACAAAUAAUAAUAAUACUAUUAGUAAAGAUAUAUCAAAAAAAAAUAUUCGUAAAUCAUUACCAAUGCCACCAGGAACAUUUGGUUCUGAUGAAGAACACAAAAAUAUACCAACAAAAAAACGUAGUAAUUCAUUAGGUGCUCACGGAAAAUCAACAAAUAGAAAAUCAUCAACGCAAAAUAAACGAUUAUCAUCGACUACUAGUUCAACUAGUAAUCGAAAAUCAUCAACGAAAAAAUCUCGAGAUAGCAAACUUCCUGUGAAUAUCAAAACAAUUUCAGAAGUUGUUGUUGAUGUACUCAAUCCAUUUUAUCAAGCAAAUAAAUUUUCAUCUAAAGAAUUGUUUAAAACACUUGCGAAACGUAUUUCACAACAUUUAGCUUCCAAAGAAUUUUCAAAUAUUGAUGCGGUACGUAUGGAUGCUAAAUCGUUGAUUAAACCAGCAUUUCGUCAUAAGCAUUCAAAAAUCUUAACACAUGCCGAUUUGGAUCGAAUCGUACCACCUUAA